AUAUAGAUAAUCGCAGUAAAUCUCUCCAUCUAAAGAAAUAAAAUCGAGUCCGCUCAAAAUAAAACGUGACUAGACAGGAAGUGGCAGGAAGCAAGAAACCAAGAAGAAAAGAUGGAGUUCCUUAUUUCUAGAACGAACUAUCAUAUCUAUUAAUCUGAUGUUAUCUGAUUAUCUGAUGAUUCUUUCUCACAAGAAAUCAAAUACCGUUUCAAGUUCGUAAUGAUUUAGUAAGAUCAAAAUUUUUCUUUGCCUUGAAAAAAAAUCGUGGCAGCUGUUGAGUUCUUUAGAGCUAACAGAAAUAGGAGGAUCGAGGAGAACCAAAGUCAGUUGCAGUUUGCAGCGUACGUGUCGCUGCUAUGGAUUCUCAUCACGAGAGAGAAUAUAUGAUGAAAUUGAGAAUUUGCAUCGCGUAAUCUAAACUGGAAUUCGCAGAACUUCAUUGACGUUAAACAUCAGUUAUGCGUUGGUCAUAAGAAAAAGUUCAAUUCUGGUCAUGGAUGACUCAAUUGUUGAAAGAAGAUUUCACCGAAGCACAGAAAAUGGCUCAUUUUCGGGAAUCAUCGAAAAAGGAAACCCUUCGUGGCCCAAGGCUGUAGCGGAUCGUGACAUUUUAUUAAUAGAUGUUCUGUGCUAACAUCAAUUUUAAUCGCAACCUUGAAACGGUGGGAACAGCGGUUAUUGAUUCCGGUCAAAGCUUAGUUCACACGCUGGAAAUUCGCGCAUUACACACCUGCCAAUAAAAUUCGUGAAAAAAGAUAUUUUGAGAAAAGUCCAAAUGAACUUUAUAUUUCAUAAAAAGUAUAUGGGAAUGAUUAGUUAUUUAAAAUGAUAAUAAUAAAUGUUGGUUUUUGGAAAAAAAUAGAUUCGAAAUAUGUACGACUGAUGGAAUAGAAUUUGAAAUAUUUUUAAAACGUAAAAUUUCAAUAACUUAUCUUGGAGUUCGAUUCUUGCGAUAUUUUAGGAAUAGUCAAAAACCAAUAUUUGCGUAAUAUAUAUUUGUGGGCUAGUUAUGAGGUUAUUUUAAGUUUUCUUAUCGAAACCGCCAUGCUCUUAUCUUAGAUUGGACACGUAUCGUUUUAUUGAAUUCAAAGUGAGCUACGGUUUAGAGCUGUUCUACGUGUAAUAAGCUCUUGUCGUGUCAUAAGACACUUAAUAAAGAAUUAUAGUCAAAUGUUGUAAUUCUCUAUCGAAGUAAAAGGUUCGAAUGUUCACUGGCCAUAAAUGUUGUAGCGUGAGUGUUAAAUGUUUAAUAAAUUGUCUAACCUCUUAUUCCCGACUGGUACGGCAACAACGAGUUAUGAAAUUGACAAGAAUCCAGAAGAGCUGAAUUUCCAAAGGAUUGACUGAUAUGUCCACUCUCAAGAUGAAUACUCAACGAUGGUCAUUUUAUUUAUUUACAUUGCUUAUUUUAUUCCUUGGUUCGUGUCUACCAUCAGCAGACUGUCUGGAAGUUAUUUAUGCUAUAAAUGCUGGUGGUGAGGCGCAUACAGAUAGUUAUGGUAUGCAGUACAUGAAAGAUCCUUUAUUUGGCAAAGUUGGAACUGCAUCGGACUAUGGGAAGCAACUUAUUAUUGGUCGGGUCAAUGCUGUGGAUCAGAUUUUGUAUCAGACCGAACGUUAUCACCAUAGUACAUUUGGUUAUGAUAUACCAAUAAGUGAGGAUGGCCAGUACGUGAUGAUACUAAAAUUCUGUGAAGUUUAUUUUAACUCACCGAAUAUGAAGGUAUUCGAUGUUGUACUUAAUGGAGAUCAUACCGUAGUCACGGAUUUGGAUAUCUUUGAAAAAGUUGGUCGUGGAAUAGCACACGAUGAGUACAUUCCAUUUCAAGUACAAAAAGGAAAACUAAUAUACAACGACGAAGAGUCUGAUAUACUCGGCGGUAAAAUAAGAGUAGAAUUUAUAAAGGGGUAUCGGGAUAAUCCAAAAGUAAAUGCCAUUGCUGUAGUGAAAGGAAAGAUCGAAGAUGUUCCACAGUUGGGGCCAAUACCUCAGGAACCAGAAGAGUAUCACAGUAUGCAGGAGGAUGAGGAGGAAACAACUGUCCGUAGCAGGCAUACCAGUGGCCCACGAACACCAGAUCCAUAUUCCAUUGAUGACUCUUCGGUGAUGUUACCAGUUUUUGUAGCUAUCGCAGCUUUCAUACCAUUACUAUUUUGUCUGUGUAAGCUAUAGCCUAAGCCAAUCACAGAAAAGCUAUCAAUACAAACUACCAGACGUACUUAAUAUCAUGUACAAUUUACCUGCCGUCUACACUGAGUUAAAUUCAUUCGACAAUUCAGAUUGUGACCCGUCUAAUUUAUUAAGAAUAGAGUAGAAGCUUAUUAAAUUAUUAAAGAUAGCUAAUAACGUUAUAGCUUAUUUAUUAUUUCAUGAUUAUUAGAUGCAUACAUUGUACACAAGACUCAGAUUCAAUGUAAUUCAUAAAAAGCGAGUCAAGUUUUAAUUACAUGAGAACACGUAAUUUAGUUUCAGACUUGUAUCCCAAUUUGUGAUAUAAUCUGCGAAUGAUUUUUAUUUUUUCUAUUAUUACUUCAAUUAUAAUGUUGAAGUUUCCGCAGUUGUAUUAUUCAUAUGGUUACACGUGACUUCAGGAUUGGGAGCUAUGUCUAGAAAUUUUAACACCUUGCUCACCAGUCACUGCUGUGCUGUGGCCGAACGACUCGAAAGCCCUAGCACACACGGAACAGUGUUGGUUCGAAAGCGCCGGUCAGCAAGAUGUUAACUUAUCAAGGUUCUGCAAACAUUGCAGUCUGCUUCACCAGGGCUUGAAAGGCACUCCGAUAUUAGUUAAAUUUUCUCUUUUUUAAUAUUGGGAAUGGUAUUCUAGUGGGAAAUAGAAAUCUCGGUAUUUGCAAUGAACAUUUGUAUUUGAGUGUAGCGACUGACUGCAUUAAAAAAGAAGUUCGUUAUGACACUUCUACGAAUGCCAAAGGUAUUCAUGUACUUAAAAAUCGUCGUAAAUAAAGCUGUUGUUAUUGUAA